AUGCCGAACCUUCCAAUAAUGAUCCGAGAUUGGUGGGAAGACUGCUGGGACGCGCCGCUUCACACAUCCCGGAUAAUGGAUCAACACUUCGGAAGUGGCCUCACGGUCGAUGAUUUGCUGGGAGCCCGUACUUCAGCUGGACGAAGGUGUCCAGCCUUCCAACGAGUAGGUUACAAUCGACCAUGGCGCAACACUAGCCUUACCGCACCUUCGGAUUUCGGUUCCACGGUCAAUAUCGCUGGUGAUAAGUUCCAGAUAAAUUUAGACGUACAACAAUUCUCUCCGGACGAAAUCAGCGUCAAAGCCACCGAUCAUAGUAUCAUAGUGGAAGGAAAGCACGACGAAAAGCAGGACGGCCACGGUUACAUCGCAAGGCACUUCGUUCGUCGGUACGUGCUUCCUUCUGACCACGAUCCCGAUGCAAUCGUAUCAUCGUUGUCGUCGGAUGGAAUUCUUACGAUCACAGCUCCGAAGAAAGGUGCAUUGACUGCACCUGAUGCCCCCAGAGCGAUUCCCAUUAAGCACACCGGUCAACCGAUAAAGAAAAUUGCUGAAAAACCGGCUGCGGAGGCAAUUCAAAAGUAA